AUGUUACCGACAAAUUACCUGCUGUCCUCCGGUCGGUUCUGGGCUCAUUCAACUGGCUCCCGGGCGCUCCACCAGUCAACACGCACACUUACGACCAAGCGUAAAAUCUACAACGUGCUGUUCUUCCCGAAUGCGCCCCCCCCGGGGAAGCCAACAGAUCUGAAGUUGCGUACAACCACUGGCUCGAAAGGUGGUGCCAAGGCCGGCCGCUUAUUGGUUGCCACCUGGUCACCGCCAGUUACCUCGGCAACCAGCGGAACGGAGACGAGUGCGGGGAGUGACUGGCUUCAGUAUAGCAUUCAGUGGAACCUUCUCCUGCGAAGGCACAAAAAUCUGGCAGACGCGAUUGCUGAUGAGGCCUACUCUCUCGGCGGACUCUCCUACGAAAUUCGUGUCGCUGCGUUCGAUCAGUUUCAGACGGGACAGGAGGUGCUUGGACGAGCGGAACUUCCAGAUGAC